CAAAUGGCGGAUGACGCCGGUGCUGCGGGAGGCCCCGGGGGCUCCGGGGGCCCUGGAAUGGGAGGCCGCGGCGGCUUCCGUGGAGGCUUCGGCAGCGGGGUCCGGGGCCGGGGCCGCGGCCGUGGUCGGGGCCGGGGCCGAGGCCGCGGAGCUCGCGGCGGCAAGGCGGAGGACAAGGAGUGGCUCCCUGUCACCAAGCUGGGCCGUUUGGUCAAGGACAUGAAGAUCAAGUCCCUGGAGGAGAUUUAUUUGUUCUCUCUGCCCAUCAAGGAGUCAGAGAUCAUCGAUUUUUUCCUGGAAACGUCCCUCAAGGAUGAGGUUUUGAAAAUCAUGCCUGUGCAGAAGCAGACGCGUGCUGGCCAGCGGACCAGGUUCAAGGCCUUUGUCGCCAUCGGGGAUUACAACGGCCACGUAGGGCUGGGUGUGAAGUGCUCCAAGGAGGUGGCCACUGCCAUCCGCGGGGCCAUCAUCCUGGCCAAGCUCUCCAUCGUCCCUGUGCGGCGGGGCUACUGGGGGAACAAGAUCGGCAAGCCCCACACUGUCCCUUGCAAGGUGACGGGGCGCUGUGGCUCUGUGCUGGUGCGCCUCAUACCCGCUCCCAGAGGCACUGGCAUCGUCUCGGCUCCUGUGCCCAAGAAGCUGCUGAUGAUGGCCGGAAUCGAUGACUGCUACACCUCGGCCAGGGGCUGCACGGCCACCCUGGGCAACUUUGCCAAGGCCACCUUCGAUGCCAUCUCCAAGACCUACAGCUAUCUCACCCCUGACCUCUGGAAAGAGACCGUGUUCACAAAGUCUCCCUAUCAGGAGUUCACCGACCAUCUGGUGAAGACCCACACCAGGGUGUCCGUGCAGAGGACCCAGGCCCCCGCUGUGGCCACCACAUAGGCUCUUGUGAGGAAAAUAAACGUUUGUGUUCACUGA